AUGACCAAUAGAUCUCCCAGCUAUGAUGAUGCUUAUCAAUCUCGGAUGACCGACCCAUGGGACACUCCCGAACAUGCACCCACUCCCGGUUACUUUGGUCGUACACCUGCCACCUUGUUAUCUCCCAGCCCCGCCCCGGAGCCUGGCCUGCAGCCUGAUCAACUAGGAUUCCUCCCACUAAGUCAAUGGGAGGAAAGUAUCGACUACGAUGAGCAACCACCUAAAUACAUCUGCUACACUAUCGCAUGGAAGCUUGUACUCAACCGCAAGACGGUGGGUAAAGUGACUGAGGAAGAUUUGGUCGUAGCACCCAGUGAGUACUGGGAAGAAAGUCUGAAAGCAGAUGUCGACGACAUGCUGCGGACGAAAAAGAAACGUCACAAGCGGGUUCGGUCUGAAGGCACGGCCAUUACGGUUUCUGUAGACGACCGGUCUCAGAGAGACCUCGAAAAAUUCUACAAUUCUGAUAUUAACUGGACACUAGUGGAGAAGCAGUUACGUAAAUGGAGCAAUUUGCUCCGCAUCGGCAAGAAGAUCACUGUCAUUAUUGCCUUGAACUAUAGGUAUGAUGAUGUUGAUGACGCUCCUAUCACGUCCGCAUCACGAAGAGUCGAAAAGAGAGGCCGUGGAUCAAGGACUACAAGAAUGCUCGCUGAACGCGAGGAAUGUAUCAACGCGGAAGAGGAGAACACUGGACAGCCUUCGACCUGGAGUCUGGUGUAUGAGCGUAUGCGAUGUCAUGUCCGCUCAUGUCCUCUGAGAUCUGAUUGGUGCUGGGAAGACCCUAGGGACAAGAAACAUUAUAAACUCCGAGCCCCACACCUAGAGCGACUUAUUGACCAUGUCGACGGAGGGGGCAGUUUAGAGAGUCAUGAAGACGUUCCCGAUGACAUACGUCGAGACGUGGUGCUGGAAAGCCAAAUAGGGAGAAAAUCCAGGAAGAUGGAUAGUUUGCCAACGGCGGGGGUACCAUAUCCUCCAAUCAACAUUAAUUUGAUGUCCGCUGAAACGGCCCGGGCUUCCACGAUUACGCCGUCGCCACCCAGGUUCCCACCAGAUGGGUGUCUCCACAUUCCUGGGCCGCGUGAGGAAGCAGUGAGAGAUUAUUGCAAAUGGCUGGAAUCACAGGUAACUGAGGAGGCGUACAAAGCCGACUUUCGACGAAUUUGUCGAGUCAUUCUGGAAAACCACUUGGAUCUGGAACUUAUCUUCGAAGAUCCCGACUCUGGAUUCUUUAUUCAACAGGGGAUUAAGCUUGGAACUGCUCGCCGGUUCCUUCGCGAUAUACACCAAUGGGCUGGAUCGGCAGAACCACAUCAGGGAUCUGUUGAAGAACAAUAG